AAAUCAAAAAAAAAGUUUCAUGACAUUCGGAUUGUGGAGCUCAAAGUUAUGAUCUUCCAAAGUUUGUCAAAAUCGAAAAAUUGCUUGUUCGGGGUAGCAAAUGAUUUUUUUGGGGGGUGAAGUCUUGUUUCAGAUUGAAAGAUCUUGAAAAUUUAUGUGGAAUCAAAUAAAAUUCGCUCCAAUCGGAUAACUGAGCGCAAAGUUAUGUUUGUUUGAAGUUUCAGUGUUACGUCACGCAUUCACCGCGGCCGUCAACCGCGGUGAUGCAUUCACCGCUUUGGUCUGCCGCGGUGAAUGCAUUCACUGCUGUUGACAACAGCGGUGAUGCCCAAACAUGUGUAUUUUGGGAAAUUCUUUUAAAACAUGUGUAUUUUGGAAAAAAAAAUUAAAACAUGUGUAUUUUGGGAUUUUUUCCCCUUAUUGAUGUGCAUAGUGGUAAACUGAUCUUCCGUGCUGGGAACGAACAGGCUACUUUUUCUGUGGCUGACCUUGAUCAUUGUGAUAUGCCUGCUGCCUCACCUAUGCAUGCUAUUUCUCACCAGGUACACGAGCCUGUCGUGUACCCCCUAUGCAUCUCGUUUUGCAAGAUCCCCCUCUCACGUCUGCGCCGCCACUCCUUUCAACCUCACCACCAAACAAAAUGAUCAAAGAGGAGUGGCGACCGAAGCAGCAGGUGGCUAAGCCUGCACGGAAGAAAGGUGGACCCCACUAUGAGCUGGUUCCACCUCCUGCACCACGACCAGCCUGACCAUCCGAGUACUCACUCGCCUGCAUCUUGCCGGAUGUCCAGGUCGAGCUGACCAAUGCUGGUGGUCGCACCUGUCUGGUGCAUGGCCACAAUCUGAAGCUGUACCUCAAGAGCGAUGUGGAUCCGCUCUUGGAGGCACCUGUUCCUGCACCCCGCUGAGUAUCCACCAUGGGCGUCCAGCUAAAAGAUGGUAAAGAAGCGCUUGUGGGGAGGCAAACCCACCACGGUUUGCAUUUCUUUUUCCCUUUUUCUGUGUUUUUAUGUAGUGUUGAGUCAGUUGCAUAUCUGUGUUGAAGUUCGAUCGUGGUUCUGUCUCGGUUUGGUGUUUUCGUGCAGGGGAGGUUGAAAAUUUGGGAGGAUGAGAAUUUUGGCCGGAAGGGUAAAAUACCCGAUCGUGAGCCAAAAUACCAGACCGGGUAUUUUUGGCUCGUGACCGGGACCCCUUCUGCCUUCCGGGGCGCCCAAAGGGCAAAUCCCCGACCUUGAGCCAAAAAUACCCGUUCGGGUAUUUUUGGCUCAAGGCCGGGGAUUUCCUUGCACUCGAAAUGCGUCGUUUCCAAAACCCCCGGUCGUGGACUCGAAAUACCCGACCGAGUAUUUUUGAGGCCGAUCGGGGAUUUUUGCUAUUUAAGCAAAUCCCCGGUCAGUUUUCUCUCUCUACCCUCAUUUUUUCCAAAUUUUCCCUCUCCUCCUCCCACAAAACCACUGACUUCUCUCCUCUUUUGGCGACCGGCGGCCACCAGGGGACCUUCUGCCGCGACGGAGACCCGAGAGAGGCGAGUCCUCCUCCGGUCCUUCUGGUCCGUCGAUGGCUUCUGGCCCGUCGAUGGACUUCUUCACAGAGCAGUUCCAGCAGAUGGGGCUCCAGUUCCAGCAGCUCGGCCUUCAGAACCAGCAGAUCAUGGACCAUCAGGUCCAGUUCUACCAGCAGUAUUCGGCCCACCAGGUCGAGUACCAGUCCAGGCUGACGGUUGUAGACGAGAUCCUCGACCGGAUGGAGGCCCAGAUGGGAGUCACUGGUGCUCUCAUCGAGCGGGAGCGGGAUCGUGGCCGCCGGUUGAUGGAGUACUCAUAGCACAUGCUCCAGUCUUGUCACCCACCGGAGGAGCACCACUGGACCACCCGGUGGGAUCACUCACCACCACCACCGCAUGAUGGGGUCGACGAUCUCAUGGACCAGAUCAACUUCACCGGGCUCGAGUAGGUUGUACUCGUGGCCCCGUUUUGUGUUGUUUUCAUUUCUGUCAGAAUGCAAACUGUCUUGUGUGUUGGUCUACUUUCUUUUUCUUUCUUUUGAUUUUAGAGCUAGAUAGGAAAAAUCUUAUACUUCAACAUCCUCCAUGACUAGUGGGCUGACCAUUGGACCUAACGUACUGUGUUUGAGUUCUUUUGUUCCCUUUAGUUGUGCUUUGUCCCUGACUAGUCCCUUCUUCAGUCCGCUUCACUCAGACUAGUCCCUUUCCAGUCUCAUGCAGUCUGUGCACACCGGUAACAUCGUUCCCCUUAUCCUUCCCUCUUCUCCAUUGAGGGCAAUGUCGAUCUUAAGUGUGGGGUGGAUGUUUCUCUUUUGACUGCAUUAGAUCUAUUUGUGUGUUUGCAGCCUAGUCCACUGUCCAAAUUUUUAAAUUUGAGGGCUCCAAGUACGUGUUUCCUUGCAAAUUGUCUGCUCAGUAUGCUUUGAAUUGACAGUAUCUAUAGUAAUGUGCAACCUAGGGAGGUAGUGUAUCACUAUGGAGGAUGUUGAAGUAUAAGAUUUUUCCUAUCUAGCUCUCUGCUGUGCCAGUUGGUUUUGUGAAUUAGUGGAGCUAAGACCGUUGAAUUCAUGUGAUAAUGGUGACUCUAUUUGGAUUGUGUUAUGGACUCGUGUAUCGAACAGGGUGCUCAUGUGGAAAAUGAAAAGUAGUUGGUCCUCCAUGUAGAAAUCAUUACAUCUUAAACAUGGGGUAAGCCCAACGUGUGCGACACCGUUCAUUGCACAAAAAUCGGGUUUUGGAAGAGAUUUUAGUGAUCCUUAGUGGGGUACUCCUACAAGGUGAAGCUAAGUUGUCUCUAGUACAAGUAAAACUUCCACCCGUUGAACGGUUUUCCUACUUGAGGAUGUGUUUUUAAGGGCACGGAUAGAGCUUUCGACCCCCUUAAUUUCAUUGACCCUCCACACGAGUUGAGGAAAAGGAGUUAAAAGAAUUACUCUGGAGAGCGCCAGAUGUACAGAAAUUUCUCUUGCUCGACUAAUAAGGGUCGGCCGUGCAAAAGACUGCAGUUGGAACCCCCGCUAAGUGAAUGAAAAAAAUAGUAAAAUAAAAGUGAAAAUGGGGUUCCAACGGUGAAAUGAAGUGAAAGAUCACCCCGGUACAACGAGUCCUUGGUUGUGAAUGGUAUGAGUCCCUUUAUCCAUGAACUGAUUGUCUUACUUUUACUUCUUCUCAUGAUCCUGGCUUGAGUCUAGUACUCGCAUUGAGAGAGAUAGGGAACGUCUCAAAAGACCAGUUGACCUCGUAAGCUGCUAUAUGAUCUAGGAAAUCCCCUACCGACGAUCGGGAUUGUUUGUUGCUAUAGAGGGCUGGAGAGUUGCAUUGGUUUGAGUUAGGUUUGCUUGGGGAAAAACAAACGGUUAAGUGUGGG